AACCUCGCCUUGAAUACAGCACGGCUGAUCUUUUGUUUAUUUCGCCAAAGCCGCCAAACAAAUCGGCCAUCCAUCUGUAGCGGUGUGUGCCAUUGUAACGAAUUUCACAACAAAUUACGGUAGAUAUAGUGAAAUAUUUGUGAUAAAACACGCAAUACACAACGUGCAAGUGAUUGGUUUGGCACGUGCCUACCCACAAACAUCCCCAGAAUGGAUGCCCAAGUAAAAACGGAAGCGAUCGAAGACAGCAUCGACGCAAUUGACACGAGCAUGCAGUACCUGAUCGAUGAAGCCGACUCAUACCUCAGAGCUAUCCACAACCGGCGGCAAAGCUUAAACAGCAACAUUACAAGCUUCGACGGGGCCAGCACCAGUUGGGACAGUACGGGCAACAACAGCAGCACCCUAGCGGACAGCACCGGUUCGCACAGUAUGGGCAUCAGCGGCAGUGCCUUCGCGGACAGCACCGGUCGGGACAGUACAACAAGCAGCUACAGCAGUGCCCUAACGGACAGCAUCGAUUCCGACGGUACGGGCAUCACCGGCAGCGCCUACGCGGGCAGCACCGGUUCGGAGGAAACAAACGAAAGCAUUCCACCAGCAGACAACAUAACCGCAGCAUCAUCCGUACCGUCAGUGGAUAAUAAUAACAGCAACAGCAGCAGCACCGAGAGCGCUGGAAGUGAUUCUACCGUACUGUACAGCCUAGACGAAACAAUGCCAAGAGCGCCAAGAACAAUUUCCCCCAUCACCAUCGGGGACGAUUCCAUCGCGGGGGACGUCAUUGCGGUGGAGGAUGUCGCUACAGCCGAAAGAGUACCGCGCCGGCGACGCCGAAAUCAGCAGCUGGCCGAGCCCUAUCCUCGAUCGAACAUUUCCAUCAUCGAUCUGUCGGAUGUACCCAUCGGAACACCGCCCGCAGCACGACAGCCAUCAUCGCGUGGCCGAUCGGCACCGGUGGUUAUCAUAUCGUCAUCGGACGAGGAAAACGAAGGCGAGCAACCGCCACCACCACGUCGGCGCAUCAAUGUGACACAAAACGCCACCAACACGCUCAUACAAAUCGGCAAUGUUAGCAUCGAUUUGAACGCGCCGGAUCCCUCCUCCGUUGUGGAGCUAACGCUAUCCGGUUCGCAGAACGACAGAUACCUGUUCGAUUCUACCGGCAGUCAGCAGCGCAUUGAACACAACUAUACCCGCGACUUUGGAGAUAUUGACGCCCGUUCUGCGUUCCAAGUGCGGCCUGCUCGUCAAGCACCACCACGGUCACGAUUAUCAUCACACGCACCAGCACCGGCACCAGCACCAGUACCCUCACCAAGACGAGCAGCACCAGCGGCGGCAGUAGCUACUAAUUCACAACCAAACGAUAAUCCCAGCACGGGCAAGGAUAUCAUCUGCCCGAUCUGCUACGAAUCGUUGGCGGACCGGCCGGUCCUGUCAACGAUCUGUGGCCAUCUGUUCUGUGCCGACUGCAUCAAGCGUGCCCAGCAGCUAACCAAACAAUGCCCGAUGUGUAAGAGAAAACUAUGGAAAGCUUCGCAGAUGCAUCCUAUCUAUUUUACUGUCUCCUAGCUUAAUUAUGUUUGUUAAUCUUAUGUCGCGUUUCUUGAACGAUUUUUCACUAAGAAGACGUUACAAGACGCACUAGUUACCUUAGUGAUUGUUUCUUUAUUUUUACUGGCGAAUACGCUUAACGAAGGGGAAAUCCCAUUUAUCUCAUCAACAAAUCUGUAACAAAGGCUGAGCCGAAUGAAUAUGAAAUUUGUAUUACGUGAAAUAAAACUUGUUAGCCAGUUCUUAA